AUGCUUCCUCCAUUUGACUAUUUCACGUAUCGUCGCGUUCGAGACUCCAAAAGAAGAGAGCGAGCUAACCGUUUUGCUUCUCUCCCAACAGCUUACCAUACUUCCUUCACAGCGUUUGACAAGUCUAUCAUCAACAAGCCAAUAGAAGAACUGGUGCAAGAGGUCCAGAACUCCUCACUUUCCGCAACUGAUGUAGUCCGCACCUAUGGCAAAGUCGCUGUUAAGGCCCAGGAGAAAACAAACUGUGUCACCGAACUUCUCCUUCCUGAGGCCGAGUCAUGGGCUCAGUCAGAAGUAAACCUCAAGGGUCCUCUGGCAGGUGUGCCUGUCUCUUUGAAGGACUCUGUGCAGAUCAAAGGGUUUGAUAUCUCUCUCGGGUAUACACGACUUGCUCAGAAGCCUUACAAAGAGGAUGGCCCUAUGGUGAGAUUAUUGAAAGAUGCCGGCGCUGUACCCUACGCUAAGACGGCGCUGCCGGUAACCCUUCUCUCUUUCGAAUCUGCGAAUGCCCUCUGGGGCCAUUGUCGGAACCCUCACGUUCCCGAGUACUCGCCAGGAGGCUCGACCGGUGGUGAGGGUGCUUUACUGGCUUUAGGUGGCCGUAUCGGUAUCGGAUCCGACGUUGCAGGCUCUGUCCGCGUUCCGGCAGCCUGGAGCGGUGUCUAUUCCCUGCGCUGCAGCACGGGUCGUUGGCCUAAAGCCGGUGUCAACACCAGCAUGGCAGGCCAGGAAGGAGUUGCCAGCGUAUUUAGCCCCAUGGCUCGUACCCUAAACGACCUUACCUAUUUCAGCAAGGCCAUCAUCGACAUGAAGCCUUGGAAAUAUGAUUACACUGUCCACCCUAUCGUAUGGCGUGACGAAGAGGAGAGCGAAGCCAAGAGCAAGAAAUUACGUAUCGGAUUGAUGAUGAGCGAUGGAGUUGUGCCUCCUACCCCGGCCAUUGAACGCGCCAUUUCCACCACAGUAGCUGCACUUACUGCGGCUGGUCAUACUGUCUCUGAAAUCACUCCUCCCACAAACGCUGAUCCCCUCACCGGCCUUCAUCUUGCCUCCCAACUCCUCAACUCCGAUGGCUGCGUGACUUUCAACUCGCAUCUUCACAGCUUUGAACCCUCUGAUCCCGGGGCAGACCAACUCACCCGAAUCGCUAACCUCCCCCGCUUUCUUCGCUACAUGUACUAUUUCUACGUACGGUAUAUUAGGCGAGAUCCAACAUGGGCGGCGAUGAUCCGCACCUUUGGACCCAAGUCUGCAGCUGAUCAAUGGAAGCUGGUCGCUAAGCGUGAAUCCUUCCGUGCCACCUGGCAUGCGUGGUGGGAUGAGGAGUCUCAAAACUACGAUUUCAUUCUGUGCCCUGUCAACGCCACUCCCGCGCUCCCCCACAAGGCCAUGCACGAUGCAGUGUCCUCCUGUGGAUACACCUUCCUCUGGAAUCUGCUCGACUACUCCGCUGGUGUCCUCCCCGUUUCCCACGUCGACGCCAAGAAGGAUGCACUCUACGCCCCGUACAAGAAGGUACUGAAGCAACUGGGCACAGACCAUGCCAUUGCCCGCGGGGCCUGGAUGCACUACGAUGCGGUUAAGAUGGCGGGUCUCCCAACAGCCAUUCAGGUGGUGGGCCGCAGAUGGCAGGAAGAGAAGGUCUUGGGAUAUAUGGCGGCGGUCGAGAACGCGUUGGAACAAUAUUAUGACCCGGAGUCUGGGGAAGGGGGGAAAUAUCCCCUGAUUGAGAUUGAUUAA